UAACUGACUGCUCUAUCUGCUGGUCCACUCUCAACACUUGUCGUCUGCUGUUGGAUUAGUCAGUUCAAUCACUGCACGGAGACGAGAGCAGAGCUCUGAGGAACAGUGGAGACAGAACAUGGAUGAAAACACACAGGACAAAGAGGUGAUGAAGCGGAUUGAGAGGGAGGUGAGGAUGCAGGAAGGGGCCAGUAAGCUCCUGGCAGCUUGUUCCCAAAGAGAGCAGGCUCUCGAGGCCUCAAAGAGCCUGCUGACCUGCAAUGCCCGCAUUCUGGCCUUGCUCAGCCAACUCCAGAAGAUGAGGAAGGCUCAGAUCCUGCAGAGAGUGGGACGCAGCUCAUCUGAAGAUAUGGUGCCAUGUACGGGGAAAGUCGCCCUUUCAGACCUACGAAUCCCGCUCAUGUGGAAGGACUCGGAGUAUUUCAAAAACAAAGGCGAGCUGCAGCGCUGUGCCGUGUUCUGCCUGCUUCACUGUGGCACAGAGAUCUAUGACACAGAUCUGGUGAUGGUGGACAGGACUUUAACCGACGUCUGCUUUGAAGACACGUUCAUAUUCAGUGAGGUAGAGCCAGGCUUUGAGCUUCGUGUGGAGCUGUACAGCAGUUGUGUGGUGGAGGAUUUCUCCCCGGUGACCGUGGGAACCAGGAGAGCGAGUCGUCUGGGAGGCUACCAGGGAUGCUCCUCUGGGAAAAAGAUCCGUGCUGCCUUUGAGUCUGCGGCUGUUUGUGGAUCCGUGUCCAGUGGAGAAGACGCGGGUUCUGGAAGUGUGUCCCCACCUGUUGUGUCAACACUGGGGUCAAAAUAUAACCUGCUGGCUCAUACAACACUGAGAAUUGAGCAUGUACAGGAAAGUUUCAAGACACAUGAUUUAUCAUUGGCAACAGCGGAGGACAAUCCAUUCUGGUUGCCUUUGUAUGGAAAUAUAUGUUGUCGCUUGGUUGCCCAGCCUCUGUGCCUGACUCACCCGGUCCUAAGUGGUCAACUCACGGUCCAGCUGGAGGAGAACCUUAAUUGCUGGGAGAAUGUCCACGGCGUCCUCAGGGGCCAAAGUCUUCUCUGCUAUAAGAGUCAAGAGGACCUGGAGUCCGAGGACGCGCCUGUACUUGUAAUCCCCAUCAAAAAGGAUACUGUCGUCUGUGCUUUGGAGGGUGAUGCUGUCCAGAGAAUACUCAUCGCUGCACAGUGUCUGCGAGAGGAUGCGUCGUACACACUGAUCCCGCACCUACCUGAGGAGGCACAGCGCUGGAUUGAGGCCCUCUGGCAGCACAUCUAUAACAUAAGCCAGUGGAAGCAGUGUUGUCACCACCUGAUGAAGAUUGAAAUGCCGAGCCCCAGGAAAUGCACAGCAGUGAAGCAGGGAUCGCUAUACCAUGAAAUAGUUAUUGAUGACCCUUCCACGGUUGCACUGGAGUGUGAGAACCUUUUCCAUGUGGUUACGAUGCCUGGGUUAGGAAACGAGCACGGGCACGAUAAAUGGUGCCGUUUCAAAAAUCUGCAGAGGAAACGUUCUGUAACAUCAGUUAUUUUUCACUGUUAACUGUUCAUAGCCAUGCAUCCCCUAGUAUGUGUUUAAAAGACGAAUGAAAUGAAGAUGAAUAUCUAACAAAAACCCAUAGCAUGUACACUGUAAUAUCCAAAUGAUUCAGCUCUACUACCUUUAUAGAGAUGUGAUUUUCACCAUGAUGUGAUUGUGUGCCCGACACACAAGAACCCAAAGUUUCACGCGACUGAUUAAAUUACCAAAAUAAACAACAUGAUUUGAAAUUUGCCAACAGA